AUGUGCCUGUGGACUGCUGUCACUGAACAGUUGGAACCAAUUCAACAUAACAACAUUGAAGAUCACAUAUUUGAAUUGUAUUCUGAGAGACAGUUACAAAACAAUUUAGGGUAUGUCGAUCGUACAGCCAAUGAAAUUACUGUUACUUUACCAAAGAAUAAAAUUGACUUGAACAUCACUCAAUCAUUGACACAACUAGCCAAUCAAAAAAGCAAUGCAUCGUCAACAGGGUUUAUAUGUUGACAAUCUUCUAUUUUUUUCAUUGAUUGGUUAAUUUCACCUGAAUGUCCAUUCGAAUUAUCGAAAACGUUUACCAUUUUAGAAUUAGGAUCUGGCAGUGCUGGGAUAUGUGCAUCAGUUUUACUGUCGAAAGUUCAACACUUUAUUGCAACUGACCAGAAACAUGUUUUGAAGUUGUUAAGACAAAACAUUGAAAAUAAUGUUUCAAAUUUUACUAGCAAGAGUAGUUUCAAAACUAGUGGUGGCAACCCCCAUAAACUAAUUGAUGUAGUGGAAUUUGAUUGGGAAAACAUCGAGAUGGGGAAAUUUAAUAUACAAAGUUUAAACAUGCAGAAAGAACAUCCUGAUAUAAUAAUUGCUUGUGAUACGAUUUAUAAUGAAUACUUGAUUCCUCAUUUUGUUCAAUCUUUAAACGCAUUGAUGGCUGGGAAUCAGCAAACUGUUGCAUUAGUUGCAAUUCAAUUACGAGAUCUGAUUACAUUUGAAGUGUUUGUUACCGAAGUUGUUCAAAGCGGGAAGCUAUUGCUAUACAAUGUACCUGAUCAUUUUUUGAGUGAUGAUCUAAAGAAUGGUUAUGUAGUUUACUGUAUUUUAAAGAAUUGA